UGCAUGACAUUCCAGUUGGCACAGGGGUUAUUUUUAGGCAGAGACUAUCAAAAGCAUUUUUCAGGAGGACUGUCCCUGCUCCUGACCGAGGAAUCACGUUACUGCGGCAGCUUUGCUGAAACAAAGAAGAUAGAUUGGACAAAUGGGAAAUUACAAGUCCAGACCAACCCAGACUUGCACUGAUGAAUGGAAGAAAAAGGUAAGUGAAUCCUAUGCUAUCAUCAUAGAGCGGUUAGAGGAUGACCUGCAAAUCAAAGAGAAGGAGCUGGCGGAACUGAAGCACGUUUUUAGCUCUGAUGAAGCCUUCUGCAAAGUCAAUCUGAAUUACCGCACAGAAAAUGGACUCUCUCUGCUCCAUUUAUGCUGCAUCUGUGGGGGUAACAAGUCCCACAUCAGAACUCUCAUGCUGAAAGGACUGCGCCCCUCCAGAUUAACCAGAAAUGGGUUCACAGCUCUGCACCUGGCAGCUUAUAAGGAGAACACGGAGCUGCUGACAGCGCUGCUGCACGGCGGAGCUGACAUCCAGCAGGUCGGGUACGGAGCCCUGACAGCCCUGCACAUCGCCACCAUCGCCGGCCACCACAAGGCUGUUGAUAUUCUUUUGCAGCAUGGAGCUUAUGUGAAUGUCCAGGAUGCAGUUUUUUUCACCCCGCUGCAUAUUGCUGCAUAUUAUGGCCAUGAACAGGUAACCCACCUCUUACUGAAGUUUGGAGCUGAUGUGAACGCAAGCGGUGAAGUUGGAGACAGACCUCUCCACCUGGCUUCUGCCAAAGGCUUUCUCAACAUUACGAAACUCUUGGUGGAAGAGGGGAGCAAAGCCGACGUGAAUGCUCAGGACAAUGAAGACCAUGUCCCUCUGCACUUCUGUUGUCGAUUUGGACACCAUGAAAUCGUGAAGUUCUUACUGCAGAGCAGCUUUGAAGUUCAGCCCCAUGUGGUGAACAUCUAUGGAGACACCCCUCUACACCUUGCCUGCUACAACGGGAAGUUCGAGGUUGUGAAGGAAAUGAUUCAGCUCUCGGGAACAGAAAGUCUCACCAAAGAAAACAUAUUCAGUGAAACGGCUUUCCACAGUGCUUGCACCUAUGGGAAGAACAUAGAACUUGUAAAAUUUCUUCUGGACCAGAACGUUGUAAGCAUCAACCACCAGGGAAGAGAUGGGCACACAGGACUACACUGUGCUUGCUACCAUGGCCACAUUCGGCUGGUGCAGUUUUUACUGGAUAAUGGAGCUGAUAUGAACCUGGUAGCUUGUGAUCCCAGCAGGUCCAGUGGAGAAAAGGAUGAGCAGACCUGUUUAAUGUGGGCCUAUGAGAAAGGUCAUGAUGCCAUUGUGACCCUUCUGAAGCAUUACAAGAGACCUCAAGAUGAAUCCCCCUGCAACGAAUACUCACAACCUGGUGGAGAUGGUUCCUAUGUGUCAGUUCCAUCCCCUCUAGGGAAGAUUAAAAGCAUGACAAAAGAGAAGGCCGACAUCCUCCUGCUCCGUGCUGGUUUGCCAUCACACUUCCACCUGCAGCUCUCCGACCUAGAGUUCCAUGAGAUCAUCGGCUCAGGUUCUUUCGGGAAAGUGUACAAGGGACGGUGCAGAAAUAAAAUCGUGGCAAUCAAGCGCUACCGAGCCAACACGUACUGCUCCAAAUCGGACGUGGACAUGUUCUGCCGCGAAGUUUCCAUCCUCUGCCGCCUGAACCACCCGUGUGUCAUCCAGUUUGUGGGAGCCUGCCUGGACGACCCCAGCCAGUUUGCUAUCGUCACUCAGUACAUCUCAGGGGGAUCGCUCUUCUCCCUGCUCCAUGAACAAAAGAGAACUCUGGAUCUGCAGUCUAAGUUAAUCAUUGCUGUAGAUGUUGCCAAAGGCAUGGAGUACCUCCACAACCUCACCCAACCCAUCAUACACCGCGAUCUGAACAGUCACAACAUUCUGCUGUAUGAGGACGGCCAUGCGGUUGUUGCUGAUUUUGGAGAAUCUAGAUUUUUGCAGUCCCUGGAUGAAGACAAUAUGACAAAGCAACCUGGGAACCUACGCUGGAUGGCCCCUGAGGUGUUCACCCAGUGUACGAGGUACACCAUAAAAGCCGAUGUUUUCAGCUAUGCCUUGUGCCUCUGGGAGCUGUUAACAGGUGAAAUCCCAUUUGCUCACCUCAAACCAGCGGCGGCGGCCGCAGACAUGGCGUACCACCACAUCCGCCCGCCCAUCGGGUACUCCAUCCCCAAGCCCAUCUCCGCGCUGCUGAUGAGGGGCUGGAACGCCUGUCCCGAGGGGAGGCCGGAGUUCUCAGAAGUAGUCACAAAACUGGAGGAAUGUCUGUGCAACAUUGAGCUGAUGUCCCCAGCCUCCAGCAACAGCAGCGGCUCCCUGUCCCCCUCCUCGUCCUCGGACUGCCUCGCUGCUCGGGGAGGUCCUGGCCGCAGCCACGUCGCAGCGCUGCGGAGCCGCUUCGAGCUGGAGUACGCCUUGAACGCGCGGGCAUACGCGGUGUGGUCACAGAGCACGGGGCAACGCCCUUCUCAGGGGCUGUCUUUGGAUGACAUGAGACGAAACUUCCAGUACCCCCCGAUUGACAAGAACGGCUACGUGUCGGACCCCAUGAGCACCAUGAGGUUUCAUUCCUGCAGCAGUGGCAGCUUUGAAGAAAGCAGCUGACAGCAUGAACCGUCCCUCUGCGGAGAGACCCAUCACCGUGUCAGCACUGACCCAGGCUCCCAGUGCUGCACUGAGGACCCCCAACAGCUCCAUGUGCUGGUGGCAAAUGUCCCCGUCACAAGUCCUGCUUUAGCAUCUUUCUCUGCUGACCUGCUUGAAGGUUAGGAGUUUUUGGUGGUGUGCAUCUCUUCCUUCACAAAUGAAUGUUAAUGUUAAAUGAGGGAUUUAAAAGACAGGUAGAUGUGGCACUGAAGGACAUGGUUAAUGGUGGACUUGGCAGCGCUGAGUUAGUGGUUGGCCUUGAUGAUCUUGAAGGUCUUUUCCUACCGAAAUGAUUCUGUGACUCUAAUGUCCCACAGGGAAUGCUGCACUUUCACCUGGAGCUUCAAUAAUAUGAUGUGGUGAAAGUAAAAAUGCAUCUGUUGUAGUUUCA